UGAAAAACAGAAGAGAGGAGAAGAAAACCGAGAGAAAAAAAAAGGAAGAAGAGACAGCAGAGCAGUCUGUCUUUUUUUUUUUUUUAUUUCCAGCUCGUUCAUUGUUUAAUCGGGCUAAAAUCUAGACACGUUACUUUUCACUCUAAACAGUUGGAUCGAAGAUUGGUGGUGUGAAAGCUGAUUAUUUUGACAGAAAACAGGGCUGUCAGUAUUGUUACGAGGGAUACUUUUGCCCAUGUGCUGCUCGACAGUCUUGAAGUCCACAUCAGCUAUAGUGUGAAACUCACUAGAAAAAUGGGCUUGUUCGGUGUUCCUUGUCCCAUUCCGCAGUCUCCUGUCCUACAAUUAGCGAAGAGUUCGAUGCCAUCCCAGUCAACAUGUAACUGUUGGGCUUUUCCAGAUUAGGACAAAAGAUAAGUUGUUUUAUGGGGUAUAAAUGGAGACAAAUUACACUUAUAAUAAGGUGCAAAUCAAGCUGUAAAAGAAUGGAUGAUUUUAUGGAAGAGAAUGAAUGAUUUCAGGGGAAGUUCUCUAUUGUGAGUAAAAUCAGCAGUAGGCAAAUUCCCAAACCAGUUAAAUUGUGUCUCUUCAAUUCUGAGCAUUGAUCCCAGGUCUUCCUAGCAUUAUGCAUGUUCUUUUUCAGCUACAACUCUGACGUGCAAUCGCAUUACACACUAAGGAAACCAAGAAGGAGCAAUUGACUAGUAAGCGGUCAAGUGACGUAUAGAGUUUCCAUUCGCAGGUUAAGGCAAGAAAAUGCUGAGCACCUGUUCAGGCAAAACUGAAUCUGAGUUGAAAUCUGAUUACGACCGGAGAAGUGAGCUAAAGGCUUUCGAUGAUUCCAAAGCUGGCGUAAAGGGCCUUGUGGAUUCUGGAGUUGCAAACAUUCCCCAGAUUUUUAUCCAUGAAUCUAGUACAGAUGACAAGUUAAUUUCAGGCCACCAUAAUUUUACCGUACCAGUAAUAGACUUCGAUGGCAUACAUGAAGAUGCAAGUCUUCGUGGGAAGAUUGUUGAGGAACUUAGAGAAGCUUGCAAGAAAUGGGGUUUCUUUCAGGUUAUCAAUCAUGGGAUUUCAUCAAGUGUUCUUGAUGAUAUGAUAAAUGGCGUGCGUAGAUUUCAUGAACAAGACACAGAGGUGAAGAAAGAAUUCUAUACACGCGAUGAAAUGAGAAAGGUAGCAUAUAAUACCAACUUUGAUUUCUAUCAAGCACCAGCAGCUAAUUGGAGGGAUUCUUUGUAUUGCCUUGUAGCCCCUCAUCCACCCCGUCCUGAGGAAUUGCCUGCAGUUUGUAGGGAUAUUAUGAUUGAUUACACGAACAAAGUGAUGUCAUUAGGGCUAAUUAUAUUCGAAUUGUUGUCGGAAGCUCUGGGGCUAAAACCCAGCCACUUGAAAGAUAUGGGCUGUGCAGAGGGACUGUAUUUUAUAGGUCAUUACUACCCGGCAUGCCCGCAACCAGACUUGACUCUGGGCCUUAGCAAGCAUACAGAUAGUGCCUUCCUCACGGUUGUUCUGCAAGACCACUUGGGUGGCCUUCAAGUCCUCCAUGAAGAUCAAUGGAUUGAUGUUACCCCUAUUCCUGGAGCUCUAAUAGUAAACCUGGGAGAUAUGACACAGCUAAUUACCAACGGCAAGUUCAAAAGUGUGUAUCAUAGGGUGGUGGCAAAAAACACUGGUCCAAGAAUAUCAAGUGCCUGCUUUUUCAGAACGCAUUUGCAGCAAGAGAGUUCUUCUAGAGUGUACGGACCAAUUAAGGAGCUGCUGUCGGAAGAAAACCCACCAAUAUAUCGGCAAACGACUAUUAAAGAUUACGUCUCAUACACUUACUCAAAAGGGCUCGACGGGAACCCUCGACUGGAACAUUUCAAGCUGUAAAUUUGGUAAUGGAUCUUUCAAGUCACCGUAGCUAGGGUGUUGCUUGAGAAAUUGGGGACAGUUUGUUUCUUUUCUUGGUGCUUUGAUCGUAGAUUAGGCCUGCACGUGAUAGAUUAGGCCUGCACGUGAAAAACAGUUACUCGGUAGUCCGUCCUCUCAAAAUCAGAACGUCUGAUGGACUCAUUUUUGAGCGUUUAUGCAAUAAAACUUCUCCAUGUAUUAAAUAUUGAACUCAUCAAGUAAGAGUUUUCAUUUGCGCUA